GAUUGUUAAAAAUGACUAUAUCGAUACAACAGAAGUUCUGUACAAACCAAUGUCAUUUGUCAAACAUUGACAGUCGCACGUCUCUACAACCGUCAAAAAAUUGACAGUUGCGAACAUUGAGGUUAGUUUCUUGUUCUUUGUUUAUAAACAUCGAAGAACCAAGUUAACACUCCAAAACCACCAUGGAAGACCUGAAAAUCGAAGAGAUGGACCUCUACGAGAUCCUGGAAAUCGAAUUCGGCAGUACAGCGGAACAAAUCAAAAAAGCAUACAGGAAAAAAGCGUUACAAUGCCAUCCGGACAAGAACCCGGACGACCCGAAUGCCGCGAAGAAAUUCCAUCAAUUAUCCAAAAUCCUCGAAGUGCUUACGGACGUAAAGGCGAGAGAAGCAUACGAUAGAGUCCUAAAAGGUAGAAAAGAGGCUGCCAUAAGGCACAGAGAGCUCGACGGCAAAAGGAGAAAACUGAAAGAGGAUUUGGAAGAGAGGGAGCGACUGGCAGCAGGUGGGGGUUACAAGCAUAAGUCAGAAGCACAAAAAUUAAGAGAAGAAAUCGAGAGACUAAGGAAAGAAGGUUCCAAGCAAGUUGAAGAAGAGAUCCAAAACAUAUUGAGAACGAUACAUGAGGAAACUCCGAAAUCCGAAUGGGACAGCUCGAACAAUCGCAUAAAAAUCAAAUGGAACUCGGAAAAAAAAGAUCCGAAUAACGGGGGCUACACCCGAGACCUCCUGCACCGAUUUUUAUCCAAAUACGGAGACAUACAGGCCCUAGUGCUUUCCCCAAAGAGAAAAGGCAGCGCACUGGUCGAGUUCAAGGAGCAAAAGGCCGCCGAGAUGGCCGUUGAAUUGGAAGUGGGGCUGCCGGAGAACCCUUUGAGGUUCGAGUGGAUCAACGGGGCUCCCCAGGGUGCGCAUAAGCCAAAAAGCGAUUUAAUUAAGGACAGUGAUUUCGAGAGUGUUACUUUGAUGAAUUUGAGACGAGCCGAGGAGAGGAAGAAGUUGAUCGAGCAGAUGAUGGCCGACGAGGAUGAAAGCUAGUGUUGGUUUGGUGCAAAUUUAGUGAAAUUUUUUGUUUACGGUUAGAAUGUAUUGAGAGUGGAUGAUUGUAAGUAUUUUUUAGGGUUUGUAAAAUAUCUAAUAUUUAAAAGGGUAUUAUAAAUGUUCUAAAUUAAUUUGCAGUCAUAAAUUUCCAAGGACAACAAAAAGAGCAUUUUUUUUUAACUAUGUACUAUAGGCAAUUGUAGCAAGAAACCUAAAAUUACUUCAAAUAUUGUAAAGACAAAAUACACAAUUUGGAAAACAACAAAUUAUUUAAAAUGCUUGGAAAAUAUUCAAGAAAGAAAAGACACUAACUAAUUUCAGUUAUUUUAAGUGGAAAAAUAGAAAAUGCAUUUUCCGCAGAAAUUUUUUUUGUAGAUUUUAUUUAAGGGACAAUUCCAAGUACUAAAUAAAUCAACAUUUCUUAUAAUGUGGGGUAUAAACGCAAAACGCGACAUGUCCAUUUUUCAACGAAAAUGACCUUCAUGUGCACCCAGAAAGUGUAUAAAUUUCUCUAUCUGCCACUAAUAUAUUUGCCUGCAAACCACGA